AUGGUUCGCGGACCUAAGAAGCACCUGAAGCGGCUGAAUGCGCCCAAGCACUGGAUGCUGGACAAGCUGGGCGGAAUUUUUGCUCCCAAGCCCAGCGCCGGCCCACACAAGACCCGGGAGUGCCUGCCACUCAUCCUGCUGCUGCGCAACCGUCUGAAGUAUGCCCUGACCGGUCGUGAGGUCGUGGCCAUCCUGAAGAACCGCCUGGUGCAGGUGGACGGCAAGGUGAGGACCGACAAGACCUACCCCGUGGGCUUCAUGGAUACCAUCACCAUCCCCAAGACCGACGAGCACUUCCGCUUGGUGUACGAUGCCAAGGGGCGCUUUGUGGUGCACCGCAUCUCCAAGGAGGAGGCCACCUACAAGCUGUGCAAGGUGAAGAGGAUGCAGUUCGGCAAGGGCGCCAUCCCCUACAUUGCCACCCACGACGGCCGCACCAUCCGCUACCCCGACCCUGACAUCAGGGAAAACGACACCGUCCUGCUGGAUCUGGAGACCGGCAAGAUCCGCGAGUUCGUGCACUUUGACGUCGGCUCCCUGGUCAUGGUGACCGGCGGGCACAACAACGGGCGCGUGGGCACCAUCACCCGCAAGGAGAAGCACAAGGGCUCCUUCGACAUCGUGUACAUCCGCGACGCCGUGGGCCACUCCUUCGCCACCCGUGCCACCAACGUGUUCGUCAUCGGCAAGGGCGACAAGCCGCUGGUCAGCCUGCCCAAGGGCAAGGGCAUCCGGCAGUCCAUCCUGCAGGAGCAGGCCAAGAUCUUUGGCAAGACCGCGGCCGUGCACUGA